AUGGCAAAUGGCCAGAUGACCAGGUGCAGUACACCGGCUCCAAUAGGAACACUUGCACCGCAAAAGUUAACCAUACUCCUAACGCCGAAAUGCUGUCAUCUGAACGUGCCUACUACGAAUAAUAAUUUUCAGCCAUCUCCGACGAAGUGUGACGCUGAGGAAGGAAUCAGCACCAGACAGCGGCGUGCGACCCGCACUAUAGUUAUGCUCAUGUCUCUCUUCCUGCUUUGUUGGACUCCUUUCUUCGUGAUGCUACCAGUCGAUUCCCUGUGCGAGUGCGUGUGGGACCCCACGUGGCAGUGGUGCACGUGGCUAGGCUACGUGAACUCCGCCCUCAACCCGAUGGUGUACGCCGCCGCGUCGCCCAGUGUGCGCCAGGCCUUAAGGGCCUCCGUAGCGGCCACGAGCAGCACCCACCACGCGGACAUACCGAUGACGCCGUGUGCGAGACGCGCC